GGCAGUUGGUUACAUCCACACUCCAGAAACAUACUGCUUAUCUUCCUCUGAACAGUUCACUUCUGACAACAUGUGUUACUAUGGUGGAUACUAUGGAGGCCUGGGCUAUGGCUAUGGAGGCCUAGGCUGUGGCUAUGGUUGUGGCUAUGGCUGUGGCUAUGGCUGUGGCUAUGGUGGCUAUGGUUAUGGCUGCUGCCGCCCACUGUGCUGUAGAAGAUACUGGUCCUAUGGUUUCUACUGAGGAUAUUAUACAGUUACACAGCCUUUCUAACCAGAAGACUUUCCAAGGGUUUUCAUACCAGGAACUCAAAUUGUCUUCAAAAAUUUUAACUUUAUGACAAAAUAUCUAAAAUAUAAUUGAAAUGCAACACAA